AUGGGCCAGGAUGAAAUUUACCUGCAAGUGAUCAAGACAUCUGGCGAAGGCCCCGAAAAAAAACACGCGGAGAAAGUGUUGAACCUACUGAAGAAAGGAAAACACUGGGUCCUUGUUACGCUAUUGUUGAGCAAUGUUAUCACAAAUGAAACGCUCCCGAUUGUUCUUGAUCGGUCACUUGGUGGCGGGUGGCCGGCAAUUCUAGGAAGUACCGCUUUAAUUGUUGUCUUUGGAGAAGUCGUCCCUCAAUCUAUCUGCGUCCGUUAUGGACUCCCUAUUGGCGCAUGGAUGGCACCGUGUGUCUUAACCCUCAUGUACAUCAUGUCACCAAUCGCAUGGCCGAUCGCGAAGCUCCUCGAUAAACUACUUGGCGUCGACCAUCGAACCCUGUACAAAAAGGCCGGUUUGAAAACCCUCGUCACGUUGCACAAAACACUGGGAAGUGCAGGAGAACAAUUAAACUCCGAUGAAGUGACGAUCAUCAGUGCGGUCCUCGACCUUAAAGAAAAAUCCGUCGGCAGUAUCAUGAUCCCUAUGGAGGAUGUCUUUACCAUGUCUACCGAUACUGUCUUGGAUGAGAGCAUGAUGGAUCUUAUACUUUCGCAAGGGUAUUCCAGAAUACCAAUCCAUUCGCCAGACAAUCCUGAGAAUUUCGUGGGUAUGCUACUGGUGAAAAUGUUGAUCACAUACGACCCUGAAGAUUGCAAGCAAGUCAGAGACUUUGCCCUCGCUACACUUCCAGAAACCCGGGCAGAAACUAGUUGCUUGGAUAUUGUCAACUUCUUUCAAGAAGGAAAAUCACAUAUGGUGUUGGUGUCAGAGUUUCCUGGUGAAGACCAUGGAGCGUUAGGAGUUGUGACUUUGGAAGAUGUGAUUGAAGAACUGAUUGGAGAGGAAAUCAUUGAUGAGUCCGAUGUUUUUAUCGACGUCCAUAAAGCUAUACGUCGCAUGGCGCCGGCUCCAAAAGCCCGGGUUCCAAAAGGACAAAUUGUCACAGAACCGCCAGAAGAUUUGAUUUCGUUACAAAAAACAGACAAUGAAGAAGUAUCUAGCGGCCAAAGAGUAUCAGAAUCUAGUUCAAGACUAGAUGACCUACAAGUGUCUCGACGCAAGCAGUCUACUACCGAAGUUGGAUCUCCACCUCCGCCGACAUUCAAACUCCGCAAAUCUCACACAGUCGACAGCAACCAUGGACCAGAGGCUCCUAUCAUACAACGAGGCACUACUCCAGAGAUCCGCGAACAUCUUAAACAUUUGGGUCCUUCAAACCUUGCUAGCAGACCCCGUCAAACUCGAUAUAAUAACGUGAAAAUCAAGCCUGGCGGCUCAACUCCUUUAAUAUCUAGCGAGCUGGAUUUGAGGCUCCAGUCUCCAGAACCUCAGCGUCGACUGUCAGAAUCUACCAGUCUCAUUGGCGGACCGGGAGGAAGCAAAGUUAUAUCAGCAGGCAAAACAGCCAGUGGCGGCGUCAGAGCACUGAGAGCCUAUGGAAGCACCACCGAUACCCCAACACAACGCGCUAGCACCCAAGAUGCCGUACCCACCGUGAGCCGUGGAGUCAACACUCCAAGUGCCCUAUUGCAUCCAGCACCGCAAUAUCCAGGCCAUCGACAGGAUUAUUUAUCGCCCAACAACGAGCCUUCCUCUAACAGUGGCACGUCAAGUCCAAGUCCGAUAUCUACACCAUAUUUUCCGCGGGGUCCAGUACGAAGUGGCAGCAUCACGGAGCAAGUGAUUGACAGUAACGGCAUUCGAAAGGUGAUUUUGCAGACGUCAGACAGCCAUUCUGCAUCGGACGAAGAAGUGAAAAAGCACCAGCGUCCAUCUUUGCUUGUCGAUAGAUCAGACAGCGCCGGACGAAUCAAGUCUUCAGUUGACUCUCCCGCUACAGAGAAUAGCGAGGAUCAAUUUGGUCAAGACGAAGGGAAUGAUGGUACUCAAGAUUCCACGAAACAAGAUACGAAGAAGAAGAAGAAGCGAAGAAAGAAGAGAAAGCCGGCAGGCUCUAAAUCAGGGGAUGGAGCAAAUGGCGAGAAUCAGCCAUUGCUCGGAUGA